AACCAGUACUUCGCCAUGGCGCCUUUUCGAAAUCCCCACGCCCUAGUCGCCGAAGCCGAAUCGAUGCACUGUAGCGGUCGUCGCGUUGAGGAUCCUGGGGUGGAAGCAUUUGACGGGAUAGUGUCAAGCGUGCCGUCCCCAUUAUUCGCUGCGCGAGACAUAGCCGCUCGCACAGUCCUGAAGACCAAACUCUGGGUAACCUGAGAGAUUCCCCAGGCGGGUUUCCCCAAGGAUCCCCAUUAGCCUCGUAGAGACGUCGCAGAGGCCGGCGGGCAGCGGAUCGUCGCAGCCUGGCUCUGUUAGCCACCGCGAGCAUCAUGCCACGCUUCAAUUUGUCUCGGGGGUUGGUCGCAGCAAGUCUACUAGGGAGACGGCUCGACAUGAUAUCGGCGAUCGCGCCUCGUGGCUUGAUGGCUGCCGUCGUGAUCGCAUCGUGCCUGUUGCUCCCAGCCGUCGCUCUCGGCGAUGCCGCGGCGACCAGUGACGGCGACAUCAGCACCGCGCGCCACGCUUCGCGGAACGACGGGGCGACGGCUCGCACCAUGGACUACGUGUCGGACGACCCUUCUGCUACUAACUUCCCUGGCCCGCCGCGUGUGUCCGCCAACUCGUGCGCGCGCCCCUGCAAAGUGCCGAACCCUCCUAUCAUCAUCAACGUGGGGUUCGAGCGCGACAUCCUGCGCCGGGCGACGCUCCCCAACGACACGCUGGUCACCAUGCUGCUGUGGAGUAACGUGCGCCUCACACGUGGCCUGGUUUUUGGCGGCAACUUCUCGUGCACCAUCUUCAACUCCACGCGGCCCAGCAGGCUCACCAUCUCCAUGCCUAACACCGCCACGCCGGUGCUGGAGCUGUUCAACACGCACAACGUGCUCAUCCACGGCAUCAACUUCCACAUCCCUGUGACGGACGCCGACAGCACCGUCUGCCGCUUCCCCAACAUUGACCAGGUGCGCGACAUCUACAUCGGCCGCUACUCCUGCCCCGCCAUCUUCCUCUUCCGCGUCUUCGCCGUGCAAGUCGCGCAGGGAACAGUGUUCGGCCGAAUUGAUGUCAUGCGGGCGGCGUUCUCCCGCAUUGAUAACAUGCGGGUCACGGUGAAUCCUGCCAACUGGCCCGCUGCCAUCCGCGUCUCGUACUCUGGGCACGGCCCGACCCUGCAGCGGUCCAACGUGUGGAUCACGAAUAACGAGUUGUUUUCGGGCGGGGAGGGGCGGCAGCAGGCGCAGAGGGCGCGGGUGGGUAUCAUGAUUCUGUGGGGCGGCGUGGGGGUGAACGUGCUGAACAACCGGCUGCAUGACUUCAGCCUGGCGGGGAUCCAGCUGGGGCACGGCAUGAACAACGUGGGCGACUCCAUGCUCAACAAGAUUGCCUACAACGACAUCCGGCACGACUUUGGGGAGACGGGGCAGAACACGCGGCUGGACAACAGCGCCAUCUACUUUGACACGCACUGGGUGAACCCAGGCAACUACCUGCGCUGCAACUACGUGCACCGCGGCGGGCACUGCCUGUACAUCGACUGGGUGUCCAGCGGCGUCAUCUCCGACGGGCUCGUGUGCGACCAGACGGCCGACGGGCUCAAGCUCAACUCGGGGAAGAACAACAUGGUGCUGGGCAUGGUGAUGAUCAACACGACGCAAUUCUCAGUGGGGUACAUCUCGUGCCAGAACAACCACCUCAACAACUGCGACAACUACGCCGGCCCCAACUGGAACCGCCUGCUCAAAACCUACUUCCAGACGCCAGAGAUCCGAUGGAAUUAUCCCUAUCUGACCAACUUCUGUGGGAAGAACCGCAUCAACGGCAUCGACUGCAACAACGGCACUGACGCCGCUCACAGCCGCGCCGUCACAUCUGGCUGCAGCGGGCUGCCCACGGAAAACUAUGCAGAGCUCGUCUCUGCUACCCCGUCAGGCGCCCCCAAGUAUGUCAUCUACAUGCCCAACUGCGCACCCUUCCCCUCAGUGCCUGCUCUCAACCGCAUGCGCUAUUUCGCGACGAGCAUCGACAAGGCAGGGUUCCGGGACCCGAAGAAUGGCGACUAUGGGCUGAGGAGUAACUCUGAAAUCUUGAAGCGGUUUCCACUCUUCAGAGGCUGCCCGAAGGAACUGAUAGGUCCCAAACCGCAAUCCUACAAAAGCUAUUUCAACUUGUUCAACAUACCGCUGCCUUCAGCCAGGCCAGCUUUACGGAAGAAUUAUGUUAGUCCUCGGUAAAUGGUCUUAUGCUCAUGAGUAUGUGCUUUUUUGUGUGUCCAGUAGUGCUAGUAUUUACAGCUAACGUUAACUCUUUUUGGUGGGUACAUGCUCAGCUUGUUUCUGUCGGCCCUUGAUAGUGGCCCUGCGUAAUAACGCGUCUGUUGCCGUGAACAAUCUGUGUUACCGUUUCGUUCGGUUUGGCGGGUGCACGCGAUGAAAAAGGACGUCAG